AAAUAUGAAAAUCUAAUUAAUUAUGGUUGUUUUUCUAGUUUCUAGAACUCAUUUUACACAUUACAAGUAUAUGAGAAUGGAUUUGCUCAGUGGAACAUCAUGGACACCUUCUAUCUUUGUCAACCUAGAAAAUGGAUUGUUGACACCUGACUGAUAGAAGAAUGGACUAACAGAUGAAUGGAGGAGAGGGAUCUUCUCACUCCAUAUUAUCUACAAGUAGAUACCUGCAUUGUGAUGCACCAGCAACCAGAACCCCAAUCCAUGGCUACAGACAAUGUCUACGUUCUCUUCUUCUUAUUGGCCUUCCUAUGCAUUCAACUGAUAAAACCCAACGUCUGCGACGGAGCUCUAAUCUCAGGCUGCUUCCCUGCCGAAAGAAGUGCUCUACUUGAGUUCAAACGAGGCCUGAAAGAUCCUACCAACAGGCUGUCCUCUUGGGUGGGUGAAGACUGCUGCAGAUGGGAGGGUGUGACGUGCAGCAAUCAUACUGGGCAUGUCGUCAAGCUGGACCUCCAGAAUCCGCAUCCUUUCUCUGAUUUUGGUGACGAGCCAUACAACGACUGGACCUUAGGAGGUGAGUUGAGGCCUUCUUUACUUGGUCUGAAGCACCUAAAGUACCUGGACCUAAGCAUGAACGAUUUUGGAGGCAUUAGUAUUCCAGAAUUCAUGGGGUCAUUCCAUCAACUCCAAUAUCUUAACCUCUCCAGAGCUGGAUUGCGUGGACUCCUGCCUCACCAGCUGGGAAAUCUCUCCAAUCUGCAGUAUCUAGACUUAAACAAUGACAAUUUUGUGGCUCCGACCCAUCAAUUUAGCAUUGGUGAUGCACUCUGGAUUUCUCACCUUGCUUCUCUAAAGCAUCUCAACCUGAAUAACGUUAAGUUUCAAAAUGGUACUCACUGGCUGGAAGCUCUGAACAUGCUUCCUUCUAUCGUGGAGAUAUAUUUAUAUUCCUGUGAAAUUCCAAGUGUUCCCCUCUCUCUUCCACAUGUGAACUUUACAUCACUGUCUGUGCUUGAUUUGUCCUAUAAUUCCAUUAACUCUACGAUACCUUCCUGGUUAUUCAACAUAAGUGGCCUUGAGCACCUUGAUCUCAGUGAGAACAACCUUCAGGGUAAUAUUCCACCGACCUUUGGUAACUUGGCUUUCCUCGAGGAACUUAAUUUAGCUUUCAAUUCUCUUCAAGGAGGAAUACCCACUUCCUUCAUAAAUCUGUGCAGGCUGCAGAAUUUAAUAUUGUCAGGCAUCAAUAUCAGCAAAGAUUUGUUAGAACUCGAUGAAAUUUUCUCUGGUUGCAUCAAGAUGAAGUUAGAGAUUCUGGACUUAUACGAAACGAAUAUUCGUGGGCAGCUGCCUGAAUGGUUAUUCCAACUCAGGAAGCUUAAAGUACUCGAUUUGGGGUGGAAUCUGAUUUCUGGCCCUAUUCCUGCAUCAAUUGGACAACUAGCAUCACUCCAAGACCUCUCUCUUGCUCAAAAUCAGUUGAACGAAACAAUACCAGAAAGCGUGGGGUGGCUGUCUCAGCUAGUUACUUUGGACCUUGAGCACAACAAUUUGGAGGGUGUAAUGUCUGUGGCGCAUUUUGGAAACCUCACAGAAUUGAAAUACUUAACUUUGUCGUCCAACUCCUUAGCUCUAAAGGUCAAGAGCAAUUGGCUUCCUCCCUUCCGGCUAGAAUCCCUUUGGAUGGGCUCCUGCAAACAGGGUCCUGAGUUCCCUGCAUGGCUCCAGUCGCAAAUAAAUAUUUCACAAAUUGUUAUGUCUAAUGCUAGUAUUAUUGAUGCUAUGCCAAACUGGUUUUGGAGCUUAAUUUCCACAGCAGAUUACGUGAGUGUCUCCGGCAAUCAGAUCAGUGGCCACGUACCCAAUUUAUUGCAUUUAAACAACCUCUACGAGUUGGAUUUAAGUUCAAACUACUUCGAGGGUCCUCUUCCAUAUUUUCCUUCUGGAUUGUCUUUAUUAGAUCUGUCAAACAAUUCAUUUUCAGGAACAAUUUCACUUGCCAUCUUCAUGAAUAUGCCUAAACUCCUAUAUUUAUCGCUUUCAAAAAAUAAUUUAAGUGGUGAAAUUCCCUUCUCUAUAUGCAAACUGUCGGCCUUGAAGUUUCUUGAUCUUUCAAAAAAUAUGUUAUCAGGAGAGCUCCCCAGUUGCUGGAAUGAUUCUUCCCCAAUUGAAUUUAUAGAUUUUUCAAGCAACAACAUAUCUGGAGUUAUUCCUGAGUCAAUAUGUUCCAUAGCAUCACUUCAGUCGGUGCACUUGAGCAAUAACAGUCUAUCUGGAGGGCUGCCUUUGUGCUUGAAGGAUUGUAAGAAAUUAGUCCUUCUUGAUGCCGGACAUAAUGAUUUGAAAGGUGAAAUUCCAACCUGGAUAGGUGAAAGUUUAACUAGUCUGCGGUUCCUCAAUCUGCGAUCAAAUAUGUUGGCUAGAGAUAUUCCUCCAAAUCUUUCAAGAUUGAGUGCUCUCCAAUUUCUCGACCUUGCAGAUAAUAAGCUGUCAGGAACCAUUCCAAGGAGCUUUGGAAAUUUUACUGCCAUGAAAGUUAUUGGAAAAUUUUCAAGUCGGAUAACAGAUUAUAAGGAGCAGAUGUUUAUAACAACUAAAGGAAACACUCGAGCCUAUGAUGAGUCACUUUCGCUUAUGAAUAUCUUGGACCUCUCAGACAAUAACUUAUUUGGAGGAGUACCUGAAGAACUCACAAAUCUUUUUGGCUUAUUCAGCUUAAAUUUAUCUGGAAACCAUUUCACAGGAGAAAUCAUUGAAAAUAUCAGUAAAUUACAACAGUUGGAGUCCCUUGACUUGUCAAGGAACAACUUUUCUGGCACAAUUCCUUCUAGUCUCACUGCCCUGACUUCUUUGUCUUACUUGAACUUCUCAUACAAUAACUUGUCAGGGAAAAUUCCACUUGGUAAUCAACUACUGACCUUCGAUGAUCCAUCUAGCUAUAUUGGCAAUCCUGGUCUUUGUGGGUUUCCUCUGAAUCAAAGUUGCAAUGUCAGUGAGACAGCACGAGAUCAAAGUAAUCCAGAUGAUAGAGAUGAGUAUGAGAUGAUAUGGUUCUACACGAGCAUGGCACCAGGAUUUGUUGUUGGUUUCUGGGCAGUCUGGGGUACCUUAAUACUUAACAAGAAUUGGAACCUUUACUACUUCCGAUUUAUAGACAACAUGCUUGACAAAGUAUAUGUGUUUACCGUACUGAAAGUUUCUAGAAUCAGAAAACGUUGUUGUUCCCAUCAAGGAUGAUAAAUUUGAACAUCAACAUGUGCUGUAUGAGAGUUCAUCUCGUUAAUAUCAUAUCAUCAGCUUGAAUAAAUUUUAAUACUUCUGGACUUGUAUACAAGUAAGUCAUGCACUCUCAAUUUUGAUCAUUUCUGUCAAGAUCUCAGUACCAUAUGAAGUGUUCUAAUUCUGGGGAUUGCCAGAAAGCUUGCACCUUUUAAUUAGUUUUUCCAAAAUAGACACCCCUUUUUUAGUUGUUCAGUUUGGCAGAAAUGAAAGGAGGUUAAAACUUUUACGAAGAUAUAGAUAGAAUUUAUGGUUUUAUUUUCUUUCCUUUUUCUUUUGAUGUCCAAAUCAGAAGUUAAAAAGAUCCCUUUUUUUCCUCAGUUAUAUAGUAUCUACUUUCAUCCUCUAUUUUCCCAAGUUUAUGGUAUCUACUUUCAUCAAAUGCAUUUGCAUGUCUUGUUCUUCCCAACUAUUACGCGCCAAGACUGACACUAUCGCAAUCACAAGAUCUGCUGUAAAAGAUUUGGUCAUCUUAUUCGAUUAAUUUGACUCUUAAUGAACUUAUGCAUAGGUGUUUUAUAUCAUACAUUACUCUUGUUUAUGAUCUACUCAUGUAAUGCUCCUCUUGUUUGAGAUGCUUGUCUUCAUCGAUCAAAUACAUAUUGGAUGCAUCAUAAGCUCAAGUCCACCAAAUGUGCAGCUGCAUGAUCUUCUUGGAUCUCAUGCUCAGAUCUUUUCAGUUGAUGAGUCUCCCAUUAAUGGGGGACAUGCUGCUGCAGCUGAUGGAAUUGGGCCGAAGAGGCUCUCACAUGCAUGUCAAUGUGACAAGGAUGAUCUGUGCACGCAAGAAUGAUCCAUUUAUGGCCACCUUAAAAAUUCAUGUGAGAUGUCAUAUGCUUUGUUGUUGUUGUUGCUCUUGUUGAAAAGGUAUGGCAUAAGAAGACUAUUAAUAUGGUUUUGAGUGUCAAACAGUUGUCUUUUCUUUCAUUUUGGUGUUGUUUUGUGAACGAUCAGCGCCAAUCAAAGGCCAAGUUCAAAUGGGGCCCCUCUUUUUGCUGUUUGCAUUACCCAAUAAAUAAAAACCCCAAUAGAAAAGCGUCAAUCGUACGCAGCACUCAAAUGGGGCCCCUCUUUCUAUCCCUUUUCUACUGCUGCUGCUCGUUUUCUCUUCCGCGUCGCUUCUUCGCCUUUUCUAGAUCUCCGGAUUCGCGCCUGAUAUGUCUUCCUCCAAGCCCGCCGGAUCCAUCCAUGACUUCACCGUCAAGGUUGGUGGCCCACGGGGUUUAUGUUUUCUAUCGUCAUCGUGUGCUCCGUUUCCUUGUCUUCUUAGUGUGCUGAUGGUGGCUCCUUUCAAAGAUCGAUUUCUUAGUCUGAGUCGGCUGUUCGAUUUGGAGGACUGCUCGAAAGAUGGGAUUUUGACAAGGGAUUGGUUGUUUUUAUCGUUGGUUUUGUUUUAAUUUGUCAUCCGGAGUCGGCAAGGAGGUUUAUUUUUGAAGAUCCACUGCCCUGUAGUUGUGGAUUUCUUGUGAUUAGGUCUUUCUUUGUGAUUGUUCUUGGUUCUAGGGAUGGAUCGAGUUUACCGUGGUUGUCGAUUCUUGGAAUCUUAUGUGAUUAUAUGCAACAUGAUGUAGUUUUUGAUGGUCAAUGGUUUCUUGUUCGGAACGAGUUCUUGAAGCUAAUGAAGUGUAUUUUCCUUCAUCGUUCUCGACUUAAUCCUUUGUUUUCUGUCAAGUCAAAUGAGAUAUGUACAGAUCAAUUAGCCCCCAGAUUGGACAACUAUCAUCGUAUUGUAUCUGCUGAUGUGCUGAUGCCUCGAGUGUCAGGAGUUUCUGUUGUUUGUGGGGGAAGAAAACUUUUUGUCUGCGAGUGUGGGUGGUGAUGAUUGAUGAUGAUGAUCAUGUGUUGUAUGGCUUCCGACGCAGGAUGCCAGGGGAAAUGAUGUGGAUCUUAGCAUUUACAAAGGGAAGGUCUUGCUGAUUGUCAAUGUUGCAUCUCAAUGUGGGCUGACUAACUCAAACUACAAGGAACUGACUCAGCUAUAUGAGACGUACAAGGACAAAGGUAUGCAAUUCUGACCUUAAUUGGCUUAUUUUGGUUUUUGUAAUCAGGACAACUGCCUGUUCUUACCAAUUAAUACCUUAUAAUCAGAUCUUGUUAAAGAAAUGUUUCUCAACAAACUUUCCAAGAGUACUUCAACACUAUUCAAUAGAUGAAAAUAGGAGGAAUUUAUAAUCCUGAUCCAUGUUGUGUCAUCAUUUUGAAUCCAUUCCUUUUGAAUUGGCACUUUCUCCAUCACAAUAACUGGGAAGAGACUUCUACAAUAGCUAGCCUUAGAACUUUUUUCUUUUUUGGCAUAUGUUCAUACAUUAACCAAUCAUAAAAAGAAUAUGAUUCUUUAUGCUGAUUCCCUAGUUAUAAGAUAAGCGUGGGGUGGUUGUCUCAGCUAGUUACAUUGGACCUUGAGCACAACAAUUUGGAGGGUGUAAUGUCUGAGGCGCAUUUUGGAAACCUCACAGAAUUGAAAUACUUAUGUUUGUCGUCCAACUCCUUGGCUCUGAAGGUCGAGAGCAAUUGGCUUCCUCCCUUCCGGCUAGAAUCCCUUUGGAUGGGCUCCUGCAAACUGGGUCCUGAGUUCCCUGCAUGGCUCCAGUCGCAAAUAAAUAUUUCAAAAAUUGUUAUGUCUAAUUCUAGUAUUAUUGAUGCUAUGCCAAACUGGUUUUGGAGCUUAAUUUCCACAGCAGAGUACGUGAGUGUCUCCGGCAAUCAGAUCAGUGGCCACGUACCCAAUUUAUUGCAUUUAAAUAAUCUCGACUGGUUGGAUUUAAGCUCAAACUACUUCGAGGGUCCUCUUCCAUAUUUUCCUCUUGGAUUGGAAAUUUUAGAUCUGUCAAACAAUUCAUUCUCGGGAAUAAUUUCACUUGACAUCAUCAUGAAUAUGCCUUACCUCAUAUAUUUAUCGCUUUCAAAAAAUAAUUUAAGUGGCCAAAUUCCCUUCUCUGUAUGCCAACUGCAAGCCUUACAGGUUCUUGAUCUUUCAAAAAAUACGUUAUCAGGAGUGCUUCCCAAUUGUUGGAAUAAUUCUUCAAGUAUUGUAGUUAUGGAUUUUUCAAGCAACAACAUAUCUGGAGUUAUUCCUAAGUCAAUAUGUUCCAUAGCAUCGCUUCAGUCGUUGCACUUGAACAAUAAUAGUCUAUAUGAAGAGUUGCCCCUGUCCUUGAAAGAUUGUACGAAAUUAGUCAUUCUUGAUGCUGGACAUAAUGAUUUGAAAGGUGAAAUUCCAACUUGGAUUGGCGAAAGUUUAACAAGUCUGAGGUUCCUCAAUCUACGAUCAAAUAUGUUGGACGGAGAUAUUCCUCCAAAUCUUUCAAAAUUAAGUGCUCUCCAAUUUCUCGACCUUGCAUAUAAUAAGCUGUCGGGAACUAUUCCAAGGAGCUUUGGAAAUUUUACUGCCAUGAAAGUUAUUGGAAAGUUUUCCAUUAGGAUGACAGAUGCAACAAGUUACGAGGAGCAGAUGCUAGUAACAACUAAAGGACGAACUCAAGACUAUGAGAAGUCACUUUCGCUUAUGAAUAUUUUGGACCUAUCGGAUAAUAACUUAUCUGGAGAAGUACUCGAAGAACUUGUAAGUCUUUCUGGCUUAUUCAGUUUAAAUUUAUCUGGAAACUAUUUCACAGGAGAAAUCAUUGAAAAUAUCAGUAAAUUACAACAGUUGGAGUCCCUUGACUUAUCAAGGAACAACUUUUUUGGCACAAUUCCUUCAAGCCUUGCUUCCCUGACUUAUUUAGCUCACUUGAACCUCUCAUACAACAACUUGUCAGGAGAAAUUCCACGUGGUAAUCAACUUUUAACCUUCAAUGAUCCAUCUAUCUAUAUUGGCAAUCCUGGUCUUUGUGGGCUUCCUCUGAAUCAAAGUUGCAAUGUCAGUGAGACAACACGAGGUCAAAGUAAUCCAGAUGAUAAAGAUGAGAAUGAGAUGAUAUGGUUCUACACGAGCAUGGCACCAGGAUUUGUUGUUGGUUUCUGGGCAGUCUGGGGUACCUUAAUACUUAACAAGAAUUGGAACCUUUACUACUUCCGAUUUAUAGACAACAUGCUUGACAAAGUAUAUGUGUUUACCGUACUGAAAGUUUCUAGGAUCAGAAAACGUUGUUGUUCCCAACAAGGAUGAUAAAUUUGAACUUCAAUAUCUGCUGUAUGAGAGUUCAUCUCAUUAAUAUCAUAUCAUCUGCUUGAAUAAAUUUCCUACUUCUGAAUACUUCUGGACUUGUAUACAAGUAAGUCAUGCACUUUCAAUUUUGAUCAUUUCUGUCAAGAUCUCGGUACCAUAUGAAGUGUUGUGGGGAUUGCCAGAAAGCUUUCACCUUUUAAUUAGUUUUUCUAAAAUAGACACCCCUUUUUUAGUUGUUCAAUUUGGCAGAAAUGAAAGGAGGUUAAAACUUUUACCAAGAUAUAGAUAAAAUUUAUGGUUUUAUUUUCUUUCCUUUUCCUUUUGAUGUCCAAACCAGAAGUUUAAAAGAUCCCUUUUUUUUUUCUCAGUUUAUAGUAUCUACUUUCAUCCUCUAUUUUCCCAAGUUUAUGGUAUCUACUUUCAUCAAAUGCAUUUGCAUGUCUUCUUCUUCCCAUGCAUUACACGUCAAAACUGACACAAUUGCAAUCACAAGCUCUUUUGUAAAAGAUUUGCCAUCUUAUUCGAUUAAUUUGACUCUUAAUGAACUUAUGCAUAGAUGUUUUAUAUCAUACAUUACUCUUGUUUAUGAUCUACUCAUGUAAUGCUCCUCUCGUUUGAGAUUCUUCUCUUCAUCAAUCAAAUACAAAUUGGAUGCAUCAUAAGCUCAAGUCCACCAGAUGUGCAGCUGCAUGAUCUUCUUGGAUCUCAUGCUCAGAUCUUUUCAGUUGAUGAGUCGCCCAUUAAUGGCGGACAUGCUGCUGCAGCUGAUGGAAUUGGGCCGAAGAGGCUUUCACAUGCAUGUCAGUGUGACAAGGAUGAUAUGUGCACGCAAGGAUGAUAUAUGCAACUUGAUGUAGUUUUUGAUGGUCAUUGGUUUCUUGCUCGGAACGAAUUCUUGAAGCUAAUGAAGUGUAUUUUCCUUCAUCGUUCUCGACUUAAUCCUUUGUUUUCUGUCAAGUCAAAUGAGAUGGACAGAUCAAUUAGCCCCCAGAUUGGACAACUAUCAUCAUAUUGUAUCUGCUGAUGGUGCUGAUGCCUCGAGUGUUAGGAGUUUUUGUAGUUUGUGGGGGAAGAAAACUUUUUCUCUGCGAGUGUGGGUGGUGAUGAUUGAUGAUGAUGAUCAUCUGUUGUAUGGCUUCCGAUGCAGGAUGCCAGGGGAAAUGAUGUGGAUCUUAGCAUUUAAAAAGGGAAGGUCUUGCUGAUUGUCAAUGUUGCAUCUCAAUGUGGGCUGACUAACUCAAACAACAUGGAACUGACUCAGCUAUAUGAGAAGUAAAAGGACAAAGGUAUGCAAUUCUGAACUUAAUUGGCUUAUUUUGGUUUUUGUAAUCAGGACAACUGCCUAUUCUUACCAAUUAAUACCUUAUAAUCAGAUCUUGUUAAAGAAAUAUUUCUCAACAAACUUUCCAAGAGUACUGAGAAAAGAGGAGAGAGAAAUAGAGAGAGAAUGAUUAGUUUAUGAGUUUUUGAUUGACGAUCGAUGGCUAAAUGUUGUCGGUUUCGACCCAAAUUUGAUUACUUUCCUACUAUAUCCAUUUUGUGAGAUAUAUAAUUAUUUACGAAAAGAUUCAUGGAUGAAGAUAUGAGCUAAGAUGUAUGAUCUUGAUGUUAUUCUGAUCAUCUAGUUAUUCUAGAGAAGACCUAUUGUAAAUCUGUUAUCAUUAUUAUUCAUAGUGAAAGUUUGAGAUGGACUACGGUCCUAUGAUUUUUUUUCA